AGCUGUGUGACUGGGCUACUCACUUAACCCCAAUUGCCUCACAAAGAAAAGGGGGGGGGGAAGGUUCCUUUCAAAAUCUUCCUUACUAAAUCAAGAUGCUAGUGAGGUUGCCCCACUUUUUUUUUCUGGAUAGUUUCCUUCCAGUGUACUUUAUCACCAACAUACUAACUUAUUUCAAAUAAGUUUUUAAGGCUUACGAAGUGAUUUUUCUCCCCAAGGACCUGUGGAGUAGAUAGUGUACAUAUUGCCAUUCCCAUUUUACAGGUGAGGAAACUGAGGCUUAGAGAGGUGAAUCGAUUGGUGUCCUGACUCUUAAGACCAGUCAAUAUAAUCCUCCUUUUUUAUUUGUAGGCUAAGUCUUGGUUCCCUGUGAUGGUCAUUAAAUAAUAAUAAUAAUAAUAAUAACAACAACAAUAACAAUAAAAUUAUGAUGGCAUUAUCUUCAUCUUUGGCUCAUAGGAGCAUAGAUCAUAGCCAGUUAGAGCCAGAAAAGGAUUUAGAGGUCACUUUAUUCAACCUCUUAGUUUUACAUAUAAAGGAAUUAUUAAAUGUUUUGAACAUUAGGAUUAGAGUCUGGAUUUGAAUCCAGGUUCCAGAAUCCAAAUCCAGUGUUCUUUCAAUUUCUUGCCAUUCUAGCCUAGGGCCUAGGUAGGCUUAAUUAAAUUUUUGUGUUGCUCCCCAGUCCACCUGGUUGCUAAUCUGUCAACAAAUACUUGAAAUCCCUUUUGUGAUGUGAACAGUUCAGCUUUUGUCAUUCCCAUGGUGCCCCCCAGGGGUUCAGGGUCUGGCUUCCAGAGGGUGGGGCCACUGGUUUUCCAAUUCUAGAAUAAUAGAUUGGAUCAGGGGUCCUCCCCAGCACUGCUUCCCACUCCCUCCCUUCCCUCCCCACCCCUGUGUGUUUGAUGUGAUGUUGAAAAUUUGUUCUGUUGCUUUUUAACUGCCUUUACUUUCUGAGCCCAGGGCUGUCUUCAUUAUAACAGCAAAAGUGUUACUUUGUUGUAGAUGAGAGAUAAGCCUCAUCACUGGAGAGUUACCUAGUAAGUACAGACCAGGUGAACCUUCUGUUUCUCUCAGUCUGAAUUUCUCCCAGAAUGUAUGAUUAGUGCCAAGAAUGGACAUAAAAAUCCCCCUGGAGUGCUUCGUCCCGGGCACCCCAAGCUCUGACCAGUAAUUGGGGGUGGAGGGUUGUGGGUAGGGACAGUAUCUCCAGCCUGGCUAGAACCUCCACUGACCAGCCCAGUUUUCCACAUCUUCCCCCCAAAAAAAAUUUCCUAGAGGAAUUAGCACUAUUACCACUACCAAUAUAACUAGACCUGACUUCCGUGCACCCUUUAUUCAGAGCAUUUAAACUGUAUUUCCUCCAAUGCUUGAGACUUGGACCCUAUUUCUCCCUCUAAACCAGAGUUGGGAUGACCAUAAUUCGAUGCAUCAGGACCUGGAAGGAGAAGGGGAUCAUUGGGAUUGGAGGGAGUGUGGGGAUGGGGAUGAAUGAACCUCAAGACUGCUUUUUGGAUAAAGGGUGGUUUGUUUCAUAUAUCUGAGGUUUUCUACCUGAUUUGAAAGCAAACUUGAACUAGUAGACAGGCAGCCUGUCAUAAAGUCCUGGUUUGAGAGUGAUCAGGGAUUGGGAGCCUCCUUCCUGCAGUGUUUCUAAGCCCUGUCUCUAGGAAAGAACAUGUUCUCAUUCACAGGCAUUUUAAUUAAAAUAACUUUCUGAAUGUUAGAGGAAAAAAAUCACCCCACGGAAAAUCCCAUUAUGUUUCAAAACCAACACAUAAGUAAAAGCCAGCCCUUUUAUUUUUUAAAUUUCAGCCAGACUGGUGACCCUUUCUUAAGAUGCAUUUGAACCAUUCAUUUUUAUAGAACCUAACCUUUGUUUGGUAUGAGCCAAGUGGGCAUUUCCUCUGGGCGCUGUCUACAUGUGCAGUCACACUUUUCUCACGGAGUUAUUAACCUACAGAGUUGUGCUUUUUUUUUUGCUGUUGUUUAAAGUUAAAGAAGCAUUUUAAAAAAUUCAUCCUCAUCUCCUCUGCCCUUCCAUACACUCACAUACAUAUACCACUACUAUGUAAUAUCUUCCUAAAAAAGUAAUCCCCCUUUUGAGUUUCUGGUUUUUCCAGGAUGGCUCUUAGCUUCAAAGGCCAGGUGAAGAGACCUAUCCUUCCCCUGGCUAUGGACUCACUGUAUCUUCUAGUCCCUCCACAGAAGACAGGAUAGAUGGCCUUCCCUUACUGCUUUCAGAACCAAGUGCUAAUAAGUCAGGGAAAGACCUUGCCAAGGAAAAUUAAAGGAAUGAUCUAAAAAAAAAAACCCAAAAACUAACAACCCAGUAAGGAUGAUAGAAUGUAGAGAUGGAAGUCUUCAUUCAUUUUACAAAGGAGGAAACUAAGCCCGGAAAGCACAAGGAUUUAACCCUCAGUCUCCAAAUCCAGUACUCUUUGGCUCUGGAACUACUGGAAGGGGCAGGGUGCUCUCUAUCUCAGUCACAUACAAAUAAAGCUUUGAGGAAAUGUUUCUCCAUAUCUCUGCAACUUGAAAAAAAUGCAUAUCAAGAAUAGAGAUUGUCUGUAGGAGAACCUCAUCCUUCUCCCAGCUGCUGAUAUCUGAAGUCUAAAGCCAGCCCCAUGGAACCUGCCCUCCUAACUGGAGAGAGCUGCUUGCUGAUUGAGCCCUGUGGAGUCUGGUCUGGACCUGACACUGCUCUCCUUAAAAAUAAGGUACGCCUCCAGGUUCAGAGUGUAGAGAAACCUCUCUACCGAGGGACUUUCCACUGCUUUCAGUCCAUUGUCAAGCAAGAAACUGUAUUUGGCCUGUACAAAGGUAUUGGGUCGCCCAUGAUGGGCCUGACCUUUAUCAAUGCCCUUGUGUUUGGGGUCCAAGGCAACACAAUCCGGGCCCUGGGAAAGGACACACCCAUGAACCAGUUCAUGGCCGGGUCUGCUGCAGGCGCCAUCCAGUGUGUGAUCUGCUGCCCAAUGGAACUGGCCAAAACUCGGAUGCAGCUUCAAGGCACGGGCGAGUACAAACUGAAGACAAGGACCUACAAAAACUCCCUGGACUGCCUGGCGAAGAUCUACCAGCAGGAGGGUCUGCGUGGAAUUAACAAAGGCAUGGUGUCCACUCUGAUCCGUGAGACGCCCAGCUUUGGCUUCUACUUCCUCACCUAUGACUGCCUUACCCGCUCCCUGGGCUGUGAGCCUGAGGACAACUUUGUGGUGCCCAAGCUGCUUUUGGCAGGUGGCAUGUCUGGGAUUGUGUCCUGGCUCUCGACCUACCCUAUGGAUGUGAUUAAAUCCCGCCUACAGGCAGAUGGCGUGCGGGGUGUCGAGCAGUACAGUGGCAUUCUCGACUGUGUGCGCAAGAGUUAUCAGGUAGAAGGCUGGAGGGUGUUCACCCGGGGUCUCACAUCCACCCUGCUGCGAGCCUUCCCGGUCAAUGCAGCCACCUUUGCCACUGUCACCAUCUUCCUUAUGUACACACGGUCAGAGGAAGUGACGACAGAGUGUGAGACAGCCCUCCCUCAGCCUUCCAGCUUGUAAAGAUUUGCCCCCAGCCCCAGGAUGUCUCCUCUUCACUUUUGACAUGUCCCUCUCCCCCAACCCAGAGCUGGACUUUGCCCUGUCAUAUUUUUGUAAAUGCCUGUCCUUGUAGAAAACGAUGUAAACAAACUCUACUAAGUUUUUUUUCACCUGACUUGGCCUGGGUACUGUCUUGUCUUCUGGGGAGCCUGGGUAUCAUCCCUCCUGGUGACACACCUUCCUUCUGUUGUUUCUUGGGAAUGUAGCCAGCCUCUGUUCUAAAGCACCUCAGAAGCCAGUAUUCUGAUCCUAGGGCACACUGGAGUUAAUUCUUUUUCUCCUGAUGCCAGCAUUCUGACAGAUUCUUUCCUGGAUUUUAAUCAACCCAACCCUUCUUCACGAGGGUCAAAUCUACUCCAUUUUUGAAGAGCUUAGAGGCCAUUUGUCCUUGGGCCUGGUCACAUUUUAUUUUCUUAUAUUGGACCCAUUUGAUUUUUCUGAGGCUUAGAUUUAGAGACUUCUAUCAUGUGUUCUGAGCAAAGGAUUUGGAGUCAGGCCUGGGUUUUAAUGUCACUUCUGUUCCUGUGUGACCCUGAGCAAAUCGCUUCUUCCAUGGGAUUCAGUUUCAUAUAUCAUAAAAUGAAGGUGUUGGAAUUGGUGAUCUCUGUGGUCUUUCCCCAUCUAAAUUUUAGGAUUCAUAGUCAAGGCUUGUUGUUGGCUUCCUGUUCUUCCUAUCCCAGAAGAUAAGUCUUGCCUCCCUAGGCUAAGAAACACUUCCCCUAUGGUUCUGGAUCAGCAGGUAUUUCAUUCAGGACCAGUACUGUGGCUGGGGGCACAAGCAGAGAGGCCUAGGCAUCACUGCCCAGCAAGAUGGCACCUCUUCCACCCUUCCUCAGUAACAGAAAGUUUGCUUGUGGUGUUUUAUAGAUAAAAAAGUCAACUAACAUUUUUAUCUUGUUAAACUCAGAACAGAGAGAGCUAAUGGAGUCAGAUGACAGUGCCAUAGCCGCCCCCACCCCCUGAACUGUACGUUUUGAAUGGGUGUUUUAGGUAGAUGUGGUUUCAAGUAUGUUGAGAGGUACACAGCAUCAAAUGUGGACUCUGGGAAUCUUUGAGUUUAUUGCUAUCAGAAUGCCAUUCUCAUUUUUGAGGAUCUAAUAAGCCUUGUUUAUGCAAAUAAUUUGAUAAUGGGGGAUAAGCCACAAAAACUGAGCCGCAGAUAAUAGAGAAUGGGGCCAUUCACCAUAUUGUUUCCUGGGAAGCAGGAAAUGACUCUCCCUUGGUGCAGUGCAGGGGACUUGGGACAAGUUUAGAUGGUUCAGGGGAUAGGUCCUUUUUACAUUGUAUUUUAAGAAAACAUAAUAGCAAUUUGCACUGUCAGAAAUUAUGCUGAAAACACUUAUUUUCUGGAUCCAAUUAUUUGGCAGAAGGCAGAGGAGGGUAUUGUGGCCAUUUGUAGGCUCCCGCUGAGGUUCACACUGAAUGUAAAAUGUGUCACCUAAAGUUUAUGUACAAGUCAAUGAUACCCUUGUAAGAUAUUCUGUAAUUAUUGUACAGAGUCAAUAAAAAUUUUUUUUUUAAAUCAA